AUGAGCGGCAUUUAUUAUUCUAAUGGAAGUAACUACACUGAUAGUUCGAAAAUGUCUGUGUGUGCAGGCUUGGGAUUCUUGUGCCCAGAAUUAUAUACUGCAAAGCGCUUAAUAUCAUACACUGCAACGGUUGGUAACUUCUUCAUUAUACCUUUCAUUUUUUAUUUAACACUUGCAAAAGUGAAGGAUGGAUUUUUCAAAUAUUUCACAUUGAAUUUAAUGAUUGUUUGCACAAUAUCGGCUAUUGCUGCUCUUAUAAUUGAUAUAAUUAACGUAACCAAUCUCUUUCCUAGCACAGGAAGACGAAAAGACUAUCGAUAUCAAAUUCGAGAAUGGGCACGACUAUGCAACGGAGUUGGAAGUAUCUGGUUUCAUGCCUUAAUGCUCUAUGCAGUUAUAAUUUCUUACCUACCUUAUGCGAAGCCUGUUUUUUAUGCAAAUAAUUUUUUAAAAAGAAGCCAGAAAACUUAUUAUGCUGUGCUACACUUUUCGAUAUUUCUUUUGAGUGGUUCGGUAGCUUUACUUUUAAAACCAUUUUGUUAUCGCAUACCAUAUUUGCUGACUCAUAUUAUAUUAUUCAUCGUACUGCUCAUUGUUACAGGAUCAAUUAAAAUAAGCAGAUAUAAACCGCUUGGCUCUAAUUCUAUUCGAGUUGCAAAAAAACAACAGAAGCGCUUAUAUUCAUUCAUUUUAUACAGUUAUUCCGUUGAACUCAUCACUUUGCCUAUGUUUGUUAACGCAUGUGCAUAUGUUAUUUGUAUAUCUGUGGGUUGUGAAAGCGAUUUUGUUGAUAGUCAUUUAAAGAGCAUACUCAGUUUAAUGAUUUAUUACCUUUAUGAGAUGCGAACGAUUAUCCUUGUUUUCAUUACAAUUCUUGCACUUGAACCAUACCGCCACGCAACUUUUUUAUUCUUUUGCACGAAAAAUGGAUUAUGA